AUGCAUAAACAGAUGGAAGUAAUAAAGCAGCAAAGGGAUAGAGAUAGUAGAAUACAAGAUAUAGGGGGCACCAAAGUUUCUGUGCCAAAAUUUGACAAGAUCCCUUGGCUUAGUGAGGCCAGCCGCAGCAACAAGCCACUGGUGCUCAGCCUUCCCAAAAGAUCUCCUCACGCCUCUGCAUUUCUGAUUUCAUCUAAGAAGGAUACGCAUUUGCCUAUUUUGUUUCAAGUUCCAGAUGUCUUAUCUAAGGCCAGGAGGGACAAGAGUAACCCCAUGCUGAUCAGAAGCAAGCAGCUAUGCUCCACAUGUCAAGAAAUAAAAAUGGUACAACCAAGAACUUUGAUAAUCCCUCAUAAUCUGAAGCUAUCCUUUGAGAAUUUAAUGAGUCAUAGAAUGAUGAGUCUUCCUCCACCAAAAGCCAAGACUGAAUCCAAACAUUCCUGUAAUGACAUCUCAACAGAGAGCAUUCACUACAGAUUGCCCAUUCUGGGCCCCAGGACAGCUGUCUUCCAUGGACUGUUGGCAGAUACCUACAAAUCUCUGCAGGAGACACAGCUCUCUUCCUUGCCCGGAAAGGAGCCGGUAGGCAAGACAAUGAGGCAAUGA